CGUACUCGGUAGCCACCAAUGGGAGGAACAGCGGCAGCCCGCCCGGCACUGUGACAGAUAAAGGAAGGCAGGACAGAAGAGCAGGAAGGAAAGGGCAGAGGCGCAGGCAGUGAGGGAGGGGAGAGAAGGAAGGAAGGAAGGAAACAAACACACAUACCGGCUUAUUCACUCAGUCACCCGGUUCUGGUCGUGGCCAUGCGAGCGGCUCUGGGCCACUCUCGCCAUUGAUGCCCGGGGGCUGUGGCCGCCCGCUCUGACCGGUCGGGAGCGGGGGAACCGGGAGCAGCGACCCAAGGGAGCCGGGGCGCGGGGAGGAGCCGGUGUUUAGUUACUUUUAAUCUGUCUGAGAGCGGGGUGAGAAUGGAGGGCGAUCAGCCCCAGGCCGGCCCGGAGCCCGGGGAGCCGCCGCAGCAGCAGCAGCAGCAGCAGCAGCCCCAGCCCGCAGCGCCGCUCCGCCCCGUGGCGAGUCAGAGCCGCUUCCAGGUCGACCUGGUGACCGAGGCGGGUGGAGGAGGAGGCGGCGACGAUGACGGCCAAAAGGGUCAGAGCCCUCCCGCCGAUGCCGCCGCCUCCGCCGCCGGCCAGUCGCCGCCGCCUCCUCCUCCCGGUGCCAAGGACAAUGGGGAUGGCGGCGGCCCGAACCCGGCCGAGCCGCCGUCGCCUCCCCUCACCACCACCACGGCCGCCGAAGAGGCCAAGGGACGAUUCCGCGUCAACUUCGUGGAGCCGGCCUCGGGCGAGCAGCAGCCGGCCUCGGGUGAGCCGGCGGCCGCCUCCGCGGCGUCGUGUUCCCACGGGCAGCCGGCGGCCAGCGAGGCCAUGAACGGCUACCCGCAGAACGGCGACACCAUGCUGAGCGAGGGCAGCCUGCACUCGUCCGGCACCGGCGCCCAUCACUACUACGACACGCACAGCAACACCUACUAUCUCAGGACCUUCGGGCAUAACACCAUCGACGCGGUGCCCAGGAUCGAUCACUACCGUAACACGGUAGCCCAACUGGGGGAGAAGCUCAUCAGACCCAGCCUAGCCGAGCUACACGAUGAGCUCGACAAGGAGCCUUUUGAAGAUGGCUUUGUAAAUGGAGAAGAAAGCAGUCCAGCUGAAGAUGCUGUAUCAAAACAUGUUGCUGACAAUAAAGGUGUUGUAAAGUUUGGCUGGAUUAAAGGUGUGCUGGUACGAUGUAUGCUAAAUAUCUGGGGGGUGAUGCUCUUCAUACGUUUGUCAUGGAUUGUUGGCCACGCUGGUAUAGGUUUGGCUCUUCUAGUUAUUGGCAUGGCGACGGUUGUCACCACCAUCACAGGGCUAUCAACAUCGGCUAUAACCACCAAUGGAUUUGUUCGUGGAGGUGGUGCGUAUUAUUUAAUAUCCAGAAGUUUGGGACCUGAAUUUGGUGGUGCUAUUGGACUCAUUUUUGCUUUUGCCAAUGCAGUAGCUGUAGCCAUGUAUGUGGUUGGCUUCGCAGAGACUGUAAGAGACCUGCUUGUGGAACACAAUGCACUCAUGAUUGAUGAAAUGAAUGACAUCCGGAUUAUAGGAACCAUCACCAUUGUGGUCCUCUUUGGAAUAUCUGUGGCAGGGAUGGAGUGGGAAGCCAAGGCUCAGAUUGUACUAUUGGGAAUUCUGCUAGUAGCCAUUACUAACUUCGCUGUGGGAACUUUCAUCCCAGCGAAUGACAAGAGAGCAAAAGGAUUUUUUAAUUAUCAUGGUGAAAUAUUUUCAGAAAACUUUGGGCCAGAUUUUCGUGAAGGAGAAGAUUUCUUUACAGUCUUUGCUAUUUUCUUCCCUGCUGCCACUGGUAUUCUUGCUGGGGCAAACAUCUCUGGUGAUCUUGCAGAUCCACAGUUAGCCAUACCUAAAGGUACACUCUUGGCUAUUUUAAUCACCACAAUAGUCUAUGCAGGAGCGGCUGUUGCUGCAGGUGCUUGUGUUGUGCGUGAUGCUACUGGGAACCUGACUGAUAUGAUUGCCCCUGGAACGGUGACUAACUGCACCACUGCAGCCUGUAAAUUGGGUUUCAAUUUCUCCUACUGUGCCACAAAUAAAUGCUCUUAUGGUUUAAUGAACAACUUCCAGGUUAUGAGCCUGGCAUCUGGAUUUGGGCCUUUGAUUACUGCAGGAAUCUUUUCAGCUACAUUGUCUUCUGCCCUGGCCUCAUUAGUGAGUGCUCCUAAAAUAUUCCAGGCUCUGUGUAAGGAUAAUAUAUAUCCUGGUCUUCACGUGUUUUCAGUUGGUUAUGGCAAGAACAAUGAACCAUUGCGUGGAUAUGUUCUUACAUUCUUCAUUGGUCUGGGAUUCAUAUUAAUUGCUGAGCUAAAUGUCAUUGCACCAAUAAUUUCCAAUUUUUUCCUGGCUUCAUAUGCUUUGAUUAACUUCUCAGUAUUCCAUGCUUCUCUUGCUAAAUCUCCAGGCUGGCGACCUGCAUUUAGAUACUACAACAUGUGGAUUUCAUUGAUUGGUGCUAUCUUGUGCUGUGGAGUAAUGUUUGUCAUCAAUUGGUGGGCAGCACUAUUAACAAACGUCAUUGUCCUUGCCUUGUAUAUCUACGUCACCUACAAAAAACCUGAUGUGAACUGGGGCUCCUCUACACAGGCUUUAACUUACCUGAUUGCCUUGCAGCAUGCCAUUCGUCUUGCAGGAGUAGAGGACCAUGUAAAGAAUUUCAGGCCCCAAUGCUUGUUGAUGACAGGUGCUCCAACAUCCCGUCCAGCUUUGCUCCAUCUUGUUCAUGGCUUCACAAAAAAUGUUGGACUAGUGGUCUGUGGGCAUGUUCACACGGGGCCUCGCAGGCAAGCUUUGAAGGAAAUCUCUACUGAUCAAUCUAAGUACCAACGGUGGUUAAUCAAAAACAAAAUGAAAGCCUUCUAUGCUCCUGUAUAUGCAGAAGAUUUGCGUGAAGGAACACAGUUCUUGCUGCAAGCUGUUGGACUUGGUCGAAUGAGACCGAACACACUCGUCUUUGGCUUUAAAAAAGAUUGGCGUCAGGCACUCAUGAAAGAUGUGGAAAAUUACAUAAAUGCUAUUCAUGAUGCAUUUGACUAUCAAUAUGGAGUGGUUGUCAUUAGACUAAAGGAAGGCUUUAAUAUUUCUCACCUUCAAGCACAAGAAGAGCUGUGCACUUCUCAGGAGAAAUCUGCUCAUCCCAAGGAUGUAGUGGUUAAUCUGGAACAUUCAGAUGCUGACUCUAAGCCAUCUUCUAAGUCAGUGAGUGAAACCAACAGCCCUGCAGUGUCACAAGACCAAAAAGAUGAAGAAGAUGAUGGCAAGGCAUCAACACAGCCCCUCUUGAAAAAAGAGGUUAAAGGUCCGUCUGUGCCUUUGAACAUGACUGACCAGAAGUUGCUUCAGGCAAGCUCUCUGUUUCAGAAGAAACAGGGCAAAGGAACUAUUGACGUCUGGUGGCUUUUCGAUGACGGAGGUCUGACUUUACUUAUCCCGUAUCUUCUCACUACUAAGAAGAAGUGGAAAGAUUGCAAGAUCAGAGUAUUCAUUGGUGGGAAAAUAAACAGAAUAGAUCAUGACAGAAGAACAAUGGCCACUUUACUUAGCAAAUUCAGGAUAGAUUUCUCAGACAUCACCGUUCUUGGGGAUAUGAACACCAAGCCAAGCAAAGACAAUAUUGCAGCUUUCGAAGAAAUGAUUGAACCAUUCAGACUACAUGAAGAUGACAAAGAGCAAGAGACGUAUGAGAAAAUGAAGGCGGAGGAACCAUGGAGGAUCACAGAUAAUGAGCUUGAGAUUUAUAGAAUGAAGACAUAUCGACAAAUCAGAUUGAACGAAUUGUUGCGAGAGAAUUCGGGAACUGCUAACCUCAUUGUCAUGAGUCUACCAGUGGCACGGAAAGGUGCUGUAUCAAGUGCAUUGUAUAUGGCUUGGAUUGAAACGCUCUCAAAGGAUUUGCCGCCCAUCUUGCUAGUGCGAGGCAACCACCAGAGUGUUCUUACUUUCUACUCCUAGAUGAGCACAGGGCACUGCCCUGAUAACUCUACUGCAGUGGCUGGAAGUAGAAAAAAAAAGUCCUGGGCUUGUGUGUGCCACUUCCAGUUGAUAGAAAACAAAAUAAGCACACAAAGGAAGAAAUCCUUAUUUUUUUGAGGAUCACAAGAACUACUUGAUUUUUACCCUGAUGGUCUGUCAAUUUGCCUGAGUUUGAUUUGAAUGUAAGCAUUUUUUCUGACUGUACACAGGAAGUUUUCUUUCUGCUACGAGAAGAGCAGCAAUAACUUUUUUUUAAAGAAGUAACUUAGAUUUCAUUGAAAUGAAAGCCUUUUACAGCCUUACUGAGGUGCCUUCCAAAAAACAAUUACGUACCAAAUUCCAUUGAUUCCCUAUUUUAUGUAUAAUGAAUGUUGUUAAAUGAAGUGGUUUGAUAACAAACUGUAGUUAGUGCUUUAGGAUGAACAGGUGUUCUUUGCACCUUCUGUCACAAAAGCUGCUUUCACUAUUUGUCUUCCACAGGGCUGUAGGUGUGUUAAGUUUAACACUCAAAGCCCUGAUAUUUAAAUACCUGAUUUUCUUCCCUUCUCUUUAUCUUCCCCCAACCUCCCUACUGUGAAAUGCACUGGCAGUAAUUUAGGGGUAAUUUUCUGCUAUAAUAAUUGUGGAAAAUGAAUGGAGGCUUAAGUUUUAGGAUUGAAUGUUAUCAGGAAGGUUUAUAAUAUCGAGGCUGCCAAGAAAACACCCCAAUAUUCCCCCAAGUCCACAUGAAAAUCUGGGAAUUUAACUUCCUUACAUACACCCUGUGCAAAUGUUCUUAAAUGGUUGUAACAUAGCAUUGAGGCUUGAGCAAGACUGUGGUUAUGCUUGUCAUGUUCUUAAACUGCAUAAUACUUUGAAAAGGGAAUAUUAAGAAAAAAUCUGAAAAGCAAAGGUUUUAACUGGCAUUUCCAUCCUUAUGGAAAUAAGUGUUGCUAAGGUCUUAAAUGCAUCCAAUCAUCUUCAUUCCUUUUGCUCCCAAAGUUAACAGAUCACUUUCAUGAAAAUGUUUAGUCAUGAGAUUUUUUUUCUCUCAAAGGCAUUUUGCAUUUGCUUGUUAUAUCUUGUAGAUGUUCUAGUCUUUGUGCUUUAAAAUUGAAAUUUAAAAAAAAUUGCCAAAUACUUUUCAUGAAGGUAUUGUUAAUUUAAAUGUACACUAGCCAAGACCUGCUUUUCUUCUUGGUCUUCACAGCUUUGCAUUAGUAUUCUAGCAACAAGUGGGUAUGUAAUAAGCUAUAUUCCUUUUCCCGUAGCAAAUAAAUGCAUGACAUUUGAAAUCCAUUAAAUACUAUCUCAAUUUGUAUGACUUCAGGUGCAAACAUGACCAUAAAUGGAGUAAUGAUUCUCUAUGGUUUAGGUAUAUUGUAAUUUGAAAGGCUGUUGUGCUUCCUUCCUGACAUGAAUGAUUUUUUUUUUAAAUCGAUAGACUAAAAUUAGUCAUUUAAUUAUGCUCAGUACACAAGUUCCAUUAGAGAACAAAUUUUGAACCUUAGUUUUGCCAGCUAAAUAAAGAGAUUUCAAUUCACAAAGUAUAUAAAUAUACUUCGUAUGUGUAUAUAUAUAUAUGCAUAAGAUGUAGAAAGAAAAGCUUACAAAAUGCAGGGUGCAUUCUUGUGGUCUAUGUAUCUCACACUGCCACUGUUCACGAUUUAUGCUAUCUCCUAAAGGAAAUACAAAUCACUGAGAUAAGAGUGGUUGUAAUAGUGUUCAUUCCAUGCUUAUAGGAAAUAUUUACCCUUGUUCAGAAGUGUUCCCAUUGCUUUUCUAAAGUGGUUUGUAGCCAAAUCUAAAACUCCCUGCAGCUCAUUAUUGACGACUAACAUUCACCCAAUUCACAAAUGUGAAAUUGCACCAUACACUGAAUACUUGUGUAUUUAACUUUUUUUUGAAGGAAUCUAGUGAGCAAGUGACUAGGAAAAAUGGCUGAUUUUGAUUGUUAAUUUAUUCAUAGUGUGUAAAUCAACAAUUGUGUUUGCAUUUUAAGGGGUUCUUUUUAAAACUUGAUGCUGCAUUUCUGUCUUUUGUUUUAAAUAUGUCUGCAAAAUUGUUAGCUGUUUUUCUCCCUCCAGAGGGUGAUCUACCCAAAGAAGCUGAAUGAAACAUUUUGAUAAACCGUACUAUAAUUCACUGAAUUGCUUUUCUAAUUUUAACAUUAAGAGUAUUAAAGAUGAUACUUUGUACAUUAUUGCAAUAAAGAAAAAGUUGCAUUAUUGUGUGGCAGUGAUUGUCUCCAACACAGCAUAUGUUUAUCUUUCAGCAAAUUUGAACUGCUAAACAAUUAACAUGUUAUAAAUUCAUUACAGGUGAUCUGUUACACCUGUUUGGGUAAUGGAAAUUUCCCCUUGCAGAAAUCACUACCCAAAAAUGAGAUAUGGAAUAAAAUUUGCUGUCAUGGAAUUUGUGGGGAAAAUGUAAAAACUUUUUUAUAAAAACAUGUUUCUUGAUGCAUGAGCAGUUGACAUGGCUUUGCACUAAGGACUGUUUUCUAGGAAUACAAUCCACCCCCUGACUUGGGGGGGGGGGGGGGGUCCCCUAUACUUAGUCCCAGUACCAUUUCAAAUAAACUCCCAUUUUUCCAUUUACUGCAGCAUUGGUCAAAUUCCUUGCCAACUGGCCAUUCAACUAUUUUGAUCUUGCUCUUGAAAUCAUGCAUAUAAGGUGAAGCUUGGUAAUCACAAAGCAGGGAGUGGAAAAUAACUGAUAUGCAGAUGUAUAUCACCAUGUUACAAGCUUGAAUGAUCAGUGUCACGUGCACCCUUCUGAACUGUUAUGUAUAAACACUGCGUGUUUAAAUGGAAAAUGGUGUCCCGGAGGUCAGCCAUAAUUCCGUGAGAUAGGUUUGAAGUUGCCUUGUGAUGUUCACAUCUGUGCACCACAAGGGGAAUUGUAAUGGAAACAGGUUCAACCUGUUUCCAUUGCAAUUCCACUUGUGAUUCUCAGAUGAAUAUCAGGAUACUGAUAAGUACAAUCCAUUACCUAACUUUUUGACAAGUACAGCAUUUUAUUCAGCAAGUUAAUUAACAAGUUUUCUCAGCAAGGUCUGCAACUAGAAUUAAAUUACUACUUAAUCUGUUUGGUUGAUAUUUGCAUUUAUUAACUGAAUUUUGUUUUGCAGAUUACUGCUGGAAAAUUAAAGGUUAUAACUUAACCUUGCAUUUAGAUCAAUCAGUUACAAAUUUAAAAUUACCUUUCCUAUGGAAUUAAUAGGUCUGGUACAUGCUGCUAAGCCUAAACCUAGCCAUAAUUUGCUUUGAAUCUUAAAGUACCUUUGAAUUAAUACUAGGGAAAAUUCUGGCACUGCAAGAAUGUACCUAUUUCUUCUACUGUCCAUCAUUCCUACUCCUGUCCCCAAGCUAAUAAAAUUAACACAAUUUAGGUGGAAAUUUGUUUUGCAAAAUUUAGUACACUGUAAAUGUCAAGUUUUGCAACAAAAGAGCAGACUAUAAAGUGCCUGACCUAAAGUAUUUAGAAAUUAAGGAGCAAUUACUGGUAUGUUUUAAGAGUUGGGAAAAUAAAACAGAUAUCACAAAGCAGUAACCUGGUUAUUCAGUUUUAGUGAAUUAUUUCUUUUGGCCCUUAAACCCAAAAUGUAAUGGGCCAGAACUUAUUCCCACCACAAAUAAUCAGAUCUGUCUGGGCAAGUACACUUUGGUUUUGCUGAUCUGCUGGUAUCAAUUCAAUGUGUCAUCCUGAUCUUAGGCACAGUCUUGCAUGACUUAAUGCCUCAGGACAAUAGGCCCACAAUAAGGCCUGUUUCUAAUGCAAAUGUAGAUGAGUCAGCAAAACUACACCUUUUAACUUUUGUGAUUGUUAAACCUCAGAUUUUGCAUAUUGUUACAGUUUUUUAAAAAUUGCCUAAAUGACAAUGCUUCCUGUUGCUGGAUUAAAGGGAAUUACAAUGAGUUUGCACUCAGCAGGCACAAAUCCCAGCAAGCAGUGACUUGCGAGUGUUCAUGAGGGAAUUUAAAACUGGUACCACUUGCACAAAAGGUACUUGCCAACAAUUUUUGGCUCAAAGGUUAAGAGCUUCCCCAGAGGGCUGCAAAUAAUAAAAAUAAAUUCUCAAUAGUGAUCAACUUAAUGAUAGCCCUGCCCACAAAUGUGGCUAUGCUCCUAGUUUAUGUUUUGGUCUCUUGCACUAGUUUGGCCUACUUUGAGUUGUGCUGGGAAAAAUUCCCCCAGGCAAACUAAUGGAAAUUCUUGGUCUACACUGUUGUCACUUGUGAUUGACUGAUUUACCUUGCUUGUUACAUAAACAGUAUUCAGAACAUGAAUUGAGAAACAAUGUUCAUUAUUGUAGACUUUUUUUCUAAUUAUUGUAUUAAAAUAACAAAACAUGGAUUUAGAGUUAAGGUUAGUACACCUUUUAGAAUUUUUUUUAGUCUUUGGCUGAUGCAAGUGAACCUUUUGUCCUUUGGUAUAUAACCUUGAGCUAUAUUAUCAGGUUAAUGCAUUGUACUAUUCCCCAUCCUAUCAAAUGCUUUUAUUUAAAAAAAACAAAGCAAUAUUUCUGAAAACUUUGCUUCUGAUUUUUCAUCUGGGUUACCCACAGCAAAGUACAAUAGAUUCCUGAAGAUGCCAGGCAAUCAAAGCUGUCAACUUAAUAAAUAUCACCAUUAAUACACUGCCUGACUUUGUGAUUGGAGCAAUCAAAGAUGAAAAACAAGCAGAUUCCUCCAGCCAGACUAACAAAGGUUGUACCCAAAAGAGGCAAUACAUACAAUUGGAAGUUAAAGGACUUCUAGCUGUUCAUUCAGAUUUUAUAUUCCUAGGUAACUAUUCCAUUAGAAGGAAUGUUUUUAAAAUUUGGAAGGGUUCUACUUUGUAUAAAAAUAAUGGCUGCAUGAAGGAUGAGGAAUUCCAUUUUCUAGAUUGAUAAAAUUCCUGAAAACUAGGCCCUUGCACUUCAUUUGCCUACCUGCAUUGUGCUUUCUCUGUAACUGCAACAUUAUAUUCUGCAUUGUUUUUCUUUUUACUACCUCAAUGUUCUUAUGUAUGGCUUGAUCUUACUGGAUGGCAUGCAAACAAGUUUUUCCACUGUAUCUUAGUACAUGUGACAAUAAUAAACCAAUACCAAAUGCA